CAUCGGAGCAAACUUCAUUGAUUAUAUAAGUUUUCAGUUAGCCUGAAAGAAUUUAAAUUCAUAAUUAUUGAAGAACAAACUAAUACCUCACUAGUUUAGCUACUCUUCAAGUUAAUUUAAUGCUUAUUUUAUUCUUAAAAUAUUUUAUGUAAUUCGGUUAUAGCAUGCUUUGUAUUUAAGCCUGUAAAUUUUUAUUCUUUUUCGUAUGCUUGUUCUCUUUCAUGUGUUUUAAAGUUAAUUGGUAAUUUUAUGUUUACGUUAAAAUCUCCAUCACAUUGAAUUGUACUAAACAUUUACAAAUUAUCGAUGAUAAUUUUCCUUAGGAUUGCUUGUACAGGGAUGCUGCCAAGACCCCCCAAGUCUCUACCUUUAGCACUUUCAUGGCGAAAGAAGGUCUCUCCGGUCUCUAAGAUCGAGGCCCCCUUCGCUUUGGAGCUCCGAUUGGCAGUAAAUUCCAUUAAUCCGUGGUUUAUAGUGUUGAAUUUUGGGUUUAGGGACAGUUUUGGGGUCUAUGGAGAAAUGGGGAAUGGGUUUGGGUGAGGUACUUUCACUUUUAGUGGAGUUUUCACAUUGUGAGAUGGAUCAGUUAAUUAACUGUAUAGAUGAACAACGGUCCAGAUCUCUUUUGAACUAAUGAAGCUAGCCCCACCAAGAUCUUGCCACGUCAUCAUCACCCCCCUCCUUUUGGAACCUCUGGCUCUGGGCAGUGGAGUAGUGCUAUAAUAUAGUUAGUGGUUUAGGGGCUGUCUAAGUCUUGGUUUCAGUCAGGGAACUGAAAGGUCAGGGGCUGGGGCUUGCCCUGUGGUUGUGUAAAAGCUCUUUCUGUGUUUGAGACUUUGAACGGAGAUGAUGUGCCUUUUGUACUGCAUGCAUGAGUGCAGCAGCGAGGACAAGAAAGAUUUGGAAGUUAAUCGAAGCAAUAAGGCAAAGAAAAAGAGAAGAAAGAAACCAUUUUGGCUCUUCUUAUCAAGUAAGUCCCACAUGGUCAAUACUCACAUUGUUACUGUGACUGCUGGACUUUACCCUGGUAUGGAAGAAUUUGGCCUGGUGGGUUGGUUCUUAAAGCUGGGAUAUAUCAUCAAACAGUUCCCAUGAUUGUUGUGUGCAAGAAUCAUUCCAGCAUGAUAAUUUGUGAUUUUCAUAAGCUAAGGAAUAAAAAUCAUAAUGGUUGUUCAAUAGAACUGCAGAAGAUGCCUCAACAUAGCUAUGGUUGCAGCAUCAUGUUUGCUUGCUUACUUCUGAAAAGUGUUUUGCAGUACUGAUUUAUCUGUAGUCAGAUUUGAAAUUUUCAAUGGGGCAUUGCUUUGGUGAGUGCUCUUAGGCUGCUUUUCCUGGAACUGAAGCAUCUAUCUCACAAUCUGGAUAUGGGAAAUCUUCAAAGGAGUUUGUCACCUUCCUCCCUUUCCACCUCUUCCUCCUCUUCACAUGGUCCACACCCAUUGCAAAUUGAUCCAGAACUCUGGCUAAUGGCUGAAAAAAGGACCCAAGAGAUACUAUAUACCAUUCAACCUACUUUUGCUUCUGAGCAUAAAAGGAUGGAAGUCAUCGAUUAUAUUCAGAGUUUAAUUAAAUAUUAUUUUACAGUUGAGGUCUUUGCAUUUGGUUCGGUCCCUCUGAAAACCUAUCUUCCAGAUGGAGAUAUUGAUCUGAUGGUCCUCAGUCACCAAAACAUGGAGGAAGAAUUAGCCAGGGGUGUCUGCACUCUCCUCCAACGUGAAGAGCUUGACCCUGAAUUCCAAGUAAAUGAUGUCCAAUAUAUUCACGCUCAGGUUAAGCUUGUAAAGUGUUCUGUGAAGAAUAUCUCCGUUGACAUCUCUUUCAAUCAAAUGGCAGGGCCCUCUGCUCUAUGUUUUUUAGAGCAGGUUGAUCAACUUAUUGGGCAAGAUCAUCUUUUCAAACGCAGCAUUAUCUUGAUCAAAGCAUGGUGUUUCUAUGAGAGCCGAAUUCUUGGUGCACACCAUGGCUUGAUCUCGACAUAUGCAUUACAAAUCUUGGUUUUGAAUAUCAUUAAUGUUUUCCAUUCAUCUCUACCUGAUCCUUUAGCGGUCCUCUACAAAUUUUUGGAUUAUUAUAGCGCCUUUGAUUGGGACAAUUAUUGUGUCAGUAUAAAUGGCCCCAUUCCCAUAUCAUCCUUCCCACAAACUGAUUCAACACAUAACAAUGGGAACGAGUCACUUAUCAGUCAGGAGUUUCUGAGGAACUUUAGAGACAAGUUCGCAUUUCUGAUGAAAGAACUUGAGAAUGGUGCCCAUGAAUUUCCCAUUAAGCAUCUCAACAUAGUGGAUCCUCUUAAGAGCAGCAACAACUUAGGACGUAGUGUUAACAAAGGAAAUUUUCAUCGAAUAAGAGGUGCCCUUUCUUAUGGAGCUCAAAGGCUUGGAGAAAUAAUUGCGUUACCAGGAGAAGCAAUGGGUGGUAGACUUGAGAAGUUCUUUAUGAACACUUUGGACAGAAAUGGUAGGGGUCAAAGGCCUGAUGCUGAUGUUCCUGUCCCUGCAUUUGGUACUGGAAGAUCGGAGGCGUCUGAUCUCAAUGGAGACUAUGACAAGUAUUACAGUGGUCUCCUACAUGGCCAGUGGUAUCACAGUUAUGCAUUGCCUGUACCUCCUCAGCCCAGUUCGCCAUCAUCACCUUCACAAAUCAAGCAGAAAAGUGCUAGGGAUGUGCUGCCUCAGUUGCUGCAAAGCAAGCAGGAUAUUCUUUCUCAAAGAGGCACAGAGGUGUUCUUCCCAAGGCAAAAAUGUCACCCUUAUGCUUCACAAGUCCAUGUGGCUAUUUCUGGUAUUGAUACAAUGAGGAAGUCAAGAGGAACAGGCACAUACAUCCCUGACAUGUGCCAUAAUCGUUACAAAGAUUUGCUAUUAUGGAUGACAAUGAGCAAUCCAGAUUCUAGUCAUAGACCAUUGUUGAAAUCACCUCGAAAGAGUGACUAUGCUGAAGAUUCCCCAAUGACGGUGAAGAGUAGGAAUGGCAACUGCCUUAAUAUUUCACCAGAUCAAAUCUCACCAGGGAUGGAGAAGAGUGAGAAUGGCAGCUGCCUCGAUUUUUCACUAGAUCAAUUCCCACUUCUUCCUUGCAGUGAGAAUUCCAUGUCAUCAGAAAUCCAUCAUUCGUAUCAAACCACCACUAAGGCUUGCCAGGCGAAGAAUUGUUCUGCCACCUUAGGGAAUAUUCAGUUUGGAUCCUUACCAUUACUGCUAGGAAUGCCUUCAUCAGUGGCGAAGAAGCAAGCAGAUUCAGGAGUUUUAACAUCUAUGUAUAGAAUGCCAGCUGUCCAGAGAAAAAAAAUGCAGAAGCAACAAGGGUUCUUGGAGAGUCCUGAGAAAAUGGUUCACAGACAACAUUUUCAAGUGAAGAAUGAUACGGCUUUCCCCCUCUCUGACCACCAGGGCACUCACAUGUGGAGAUUUAAGUAAAAGAGUGGAACUACAGCUCAACAGAAAUGCUGAUACCUAACCUGACAUGGAUCCUUGCUUACACAGAAAUAACGCUGCCCUGGGAAGGCUUGAAAUACAAUUUUGUUUUUGUUUUCCUUCUGUCAAACCCCAAUAAUGGAAGCAUUUUUGUUGAGGAGGGUCCUUGGAUGGGUUUCUCAUCCUUUCCACCUCUUUUGAAAAAUCUAAGGUACUCUAUAGGAACUUUUGUCAGGAAAAAAUGGUUAUUUUUCUAUCCUCUCUCAUCCUCGCUAAAGCUUUCUCCACUGUUUGGUGAGCAUUCAGCGAGGAGUUUUUAAAGCUUGUAUCAGGGUGCUUUCUGUGAUAACACUUUUUUUUUUUUUUUA